AUGUCUUCAGGAGAAAAUAUAAACGAAGUCGCAUCUUCGUUAAUCGAAAUGAAAGAUAAGGAUUUCAAAAGAAACUAUGUUCGAAAAAAAUUCAAAAAUCAAAAAAAUAUCGAAUGCGGUAUAAGUGUUGUUAUUUCCGAAGAUUUUCAGAGUCGUCCUGGAUCUUCAAAGAAACCAAAGAGAGAAACUAAAGUUUUGAAGAAAGAUAAACAAGCUGCUGUUAUAAAAGAAUUUCCUUCAUUGAAGAAUAGAUGUUCACCCGGGUCAUUGUUGGGUGUUAUUCAAGGUUUAAGUAGAGAACAGAAGGAUUGUGUUAGGGCUAUGGGAUUUGGGAGUUUGUUAGGGAUGAAGAUGAUUGACGUACCGUUGAAGAUUGUUUAUUAUGUUCUUGAUCAUUUUAAUUUUGAAUCUUUGAAGGUGGAGUUUGAUAAUUGUGAAGUUAGUGUUGAUAGUAAGUCUGUUCAAGAGAUGUUAGGAUUACCAUCUGGUGGCUCAUUACUUUCAAACAUGGAUUACAUUUCGGAGAAUAAUGAAGAGAGCUGUAUGUUUGAGUGGAAGAAACAGUAUGAAAAUAUUGAUAAAUUGAGAUUGAAACAGCUAAAGAAUGAACUUGUUCAAACUAGUGCUGCGGAUGACAACUUCAGAAUCAAUUUUUUGGUUCUUUUUAUUAACACUUUCUGUGAGUCUACAAGCAUGGGUAAAUAUAAUCUGAAUCCAUCGUAUUUAAUCAGAAGAGAUACUGAUUUAAGUAGCAUUGACUGGUGCGAUUACAUUGUGGAUUGUUUGUUGUUGUAUGUGGAUACUUUCAAGUUUGAUCAUUUGCAAGUCACACGUAAACGUCCAACUAUUUUUUAUUGGUCGUCAGAGAAGAUAACGUUUCUUGAGGAUAUUUUACAAGAGAGUGGAGGAUUUGGAUGUGGACAUGUUAAUGAAGCAUAUGUUGAAGAAGAAUUUCAAGAAUUUGAGUAUAAUGAGGAGGAAUCUGGUGGUGAUGAGGUUGAAUCUGAUGGUGAAGAGGAUUUAUGUGAUGAGGAUGAAGAAGAUUUUGAUGUUAAUAAAGUUAGUGAUGUGGAGGUGUAUGAAAGUAAAAUUUCAUGUAUGUAUCAGAAGAUUAAGGAUUUGAAAAAGGAUCUUGUUGUAAAGAUAGAUGAGGGAGUGUUGAAGUUUCCUCAAAGUCAAAAUUUGAAAAAUUGGAAAUUAUUAUUUCCUAUUGAAGAUUUAAGCACAGAAAGUUUUGAUUUCAAUUAUGUUUCACAAAAAUAUAAAGAACCGAUAUUAACACCUGGUUUUGUUCAAGUUAAUGAUGAAGAUUAUGGGAAUGAUUUUCUUAAUGAUGAUGAAAAUGUUGAAGAUUAUGAUCAAGGGAAAUGUUCUGGUGGUCAGGGGGAUGGAAGUGAUCCACAUGAGGGCAAUAUUGGUAAAAAUCAUGUUGAAGGUAAAGGUGAUGAUGAUGAAGAUGAUGAACAAGGAAAUGGAAGUGGAUGUACUAAUGGUUGUUUAAAUCAGAAACUAGUUGAAGAUGAUGUGAAUUUGAAUUUGACUUGUAUUGAUGAUGGGACUGUAAAUUUGGGUGAGGAUGAUCAUAAAAAUAAAGAUGGAGAAAAUGUUGAAGAUUGUUCAAAUAAAAACAAGGAUUCAAAUGAGACUCAAUCAUUGAAAAAUGAUAUUAUUCCAAGUUUUAGUCUUGGAUUUAGUCAAGAUUCUGAAGGUUCCAAGAAGUCAUCUCAAAGUCAAAUUUCUUCUGAACGGAUGACAAAGAAAAAGAUUAAGGAUAGAGUUAUUUUGGGAAAACCAAGUGCUGGUCCAGAGUGUGUUAUUCCAAAUGUUGAUGUUAUUGAUGCUAGUCCAGUUUCUUUUGCACCCCCUUUGGGUACAUUAGAAGGACCAUCAAAACCUGUUUCUGGCAAACCUAAAGAUAUAAAUGAAGAAGCAACAUCAGUAGUGGAUAUCAAAGGAAAAAGACAAAUGAAGGAUAUUGUAUUGCUUAUGGAAACAUAUGUUAUUGGUUUUAGAGCUAAUUAUGAAAGUCUUUUUAAAAAAACUCAUUUGCAUGUUAGUGUUCUUGAUUCAUGGUCUCGUAUACUAAAUCAUCAAGAGAAAUUCAGAGAUGUUGUUAAUUCUCCACUCAGAUUGUUCAUGAAUUCUGACACUACUUUGUCAUUUGAAUAUACUCAUUUGAAUGAAACUGCAAAAUAUAAAGUUUUCAAGGACAGCUUCUCUCGCAGUGUUUCUGGUGAUAGAGACUUGAAGGUAUUUUUCCCGGUUUUGAGGCAUAAGCACAUAUAUCUUAUUGUUAUGAAUCUGAAGAAACGUGCUUUUGAGGUUAUCGAUAAUGGUGCAGAUGAUGCUGAUUUCGAUGAUAAGUAUGGUGCAGUUUUUAAACCUCUUAUAUGUAGUAAAGAUUUGUUAUGUUCAAUGGAGAUAAUCUUUCUAAGUAAUGGUGGAAGAGUUCUUGGAGUCAGCUACAAUCUGUAUGAAAAUCUAGCUAGGAAUAUGAAGAACAAGAAUCUUGGAAAAUGGGGAACGUGA